AGAACAGCCGACGAAUCCCGAACACGAGCCGAGGGUGACGUUUAGGUCAAUGCCUGUGCGCUGCGCGUACGGAUUUACGUUACCGCCGGAGUACCGCUGGUUAGCGAAGAGAAACCCGGCGCCGUGCUACGGAGUCGAGUGGAGACCAGCGAACAUGGUCACCCGGAGGCCCGAACCGGGACGAGGUCGGCCUCGAGUGACUGUGUAGGGCAGGCGGUGCGGUAUCGACAGCUGAAUGCUAGGCCUAAACAGAACUGCCGUCUGCCGAAGAACCGUGAUGUAGAAGUCACAAGGAACUUUGAUCUUCCCAAGCGUACGUUAUAAUGAGUGGACGGCCGAGGACGACUUCCUUUGCUGAAGGGAACAAGCAGCCUCAACAGCCGAAUUUUCUCGCUGGAGUGAAAAUAACCAGGAUCGGGCAUUGCGCCACGUUAGAUUCGGAUCUGGAUCUGGCUACCAAUAUCAUAAACGAGCUCGACCUGGUGCCCGGCAAGGACGGCGCCAAGGUGACCACGGUGCUGGCCACCCCGGGCCAGGGGCCGGACCGGCCGCAGGAGGUGUCUUACUGCGAUACCAAGGUGAUCGGCAAUGGCUCCUUUGGGGUGGUGUACCAGGCGCGGCUGCUCGACUCGGGCCAGCUGGUGGCCAUUAAGAAGGUGCUGCAGGACAAGCGCUUCAAGAACCGCGAGCUGCAGAUCAUGCGCCGCUUGGACCACUGUAACAUAGUGAAGCUCAAGUACUUCUUUUACUCGAGCGGCGACAAGAAAGACGAGGUGUACCUGAACCUGGUGCUCGAGUACAUCCCCGAGACUGUGUACCGGGUGGCGCGCCACUACAGCAAGUCCAAGCAGACCAUCCCGAUCUCCUUCAUCAAGCUCUACAUGUACCAGCUGUUUAGAAGUCUGGCAUACAUCCACUCUCUGGGCAUUUGCCAUCGGGACAUCAAACCACAGAACCUGCUGCUCGACCCCGAGACAGGAGUCCUCAAGCUGUGCGACUUUGGCAGCGCCAAGCUGCUAAUCAAGGGAGAGCCCAAUGUUUCGUACAUCUGCUCACGCUACUACCGGGCCCCGGAGCUAAUCUUUGGUGCCACGGACUACACGACCAUGAUUGACGUGUGGUCGGCGGGUUGCGUACUUGCCGAGCUGCUGCUGGGCCAACCCAUCUUCCCCGGCGACAGCGGUGUGGACCAGCUGGUGGAGAUCAUCAAGGUGCUGGGCACGCCCUCCAAGGAGCAGAUCCGUGAGAUGAACCGCAACUACACGGAAUUCAAGUUCCCCCAGAUCAAGGCACACCCGUGGCACAAGGUGUUCCGGGCACGGACACCUCCCGAGGCCAUUGACCUGGUGGCCCGACUCCUCGAGUACACACCCAGCGCACGCAUUGGCCCCCUGCAGGCCUGCGCGCACACCUUCUUCGACGAGCUGCGGGAACCAGGCACCAGGCUGCCCAAUGGCCGCGAGCUGCCCCCCCUCUUUGACUUCACGCCCCACGAACUCUCUCUGGAGCCACAGCUGAAUGCCACGCUGAUUCCAGCGCAUCUGCGAGGUGGCGAGGCUGCUCCCGCAGCGGGGGCAGCAGGGUCGUCAUCUGAGCCGGCCGAAGCAUCCACCUCCAACAGUGGCCCCGUGUAAAUAAAGUGUGUGUGUACAUAGGCGUGUACAUACCCUGCGGGAGGAGGGCCCCCCACACCCGCUAUUUAUUGUGUGGCAUUAGAGUUUUAGACGUGUAGCGCCAGAAAUAAACGUUUCCCAUCUGCC